AAGCAAAGGAUUCAAUGGAAACACCCUAUCGUUGGCCUACAUGUGCGACGGACUGACAAACUGCUAAAAGAGGCUAAAUAUCACUCAAUGGAUGAGUACAUCAAAUAUGUGGACCGGUAUUACGAUAAUCUGGACACGACUUCUGGCAAAACAACUCGCAAUAGACUCGUGUAUUUAGCGACCGAUGAGCCAAAUUGUAAUAAUUAUAGGCAAAGGGUUGGGUUUAAGCACCCGAUAGUUGGCAUACAUGUGCGCCGGACGGACAAACUCAUACGCGAAGCCAAAUACCAUUCCCUCGAUCAGUACAUGUCAUAUGUGGACCGGUAUUACAAUAACACGGAUGUAAUGAAUGGCAAUACCAGUGAACGACUCGUGUAUUUGGCGACCGAUGAGCCAAACGUAUGGCUCAAUGAAAUCAAGCCAUACAUCGGAAAGGGAUUUAUAUUUAAAGGCGAUAUGAAAGCGACAAUGAAAUCGUAUAAUAAAAACCGAGAUAAAAUGUUUAGUGCAAGAUUCAUGGACAAUGUGGAAGUGUAUAAUACUGAUAAAAUGGUGCCUGCACAAAUCAAGACUCAAUUACACUCCCUGUCCACUGAACCCUUUGCUCUAUUCGUGGGUUUAUUAAUCCAGUAUUUAAUGCGUCCGACACUAGAGUUGAGCCGAUAUUACGAUAAUUAUAAGCAAAGGAUUCAAUGGAAACACCCUAUCGUUGGCCUACAUGUGCGACGGACUGACAAACUGCUAAAAGAGGCUAAAUAUCACUCAAUGGAUGAGUACAUCAAAUAUGUGGACCGGUAUUACGAUAAUCUGGACACGACUUCUGGCAAAACAACUCUCAAUAGACUCGUGUAUUUAGCAACCGAUGAGCCAAAUAUUAAAUGUGGAUUUGGGUGUACCAUGCACCACUACACCUAUUGCCUAAUAUUAGCCCUUAAACUGAACCGGACACUUAUUAUACCCGAGACUAUCACAAAUACGUACACAUCACACAUGAAAAUGCUUUUCCGACCCAUAAGUGACACGUGUUUGGACUCAAACGGAGACAACAGCACCACAUGGGAAGGGAUGUCAGACCAGACACACUAUUAUUAUCAAGUGAUUGACUUUUAUUUUGGCUAUAAUUCAAAGGGAUAUCUCCAGGAUUUGAAAAAUCUCACACAAAUAAUCCGUCAAUUGCAAUCCCUGUCCACUGAACCCAUUCCUCUAUUCAUUGGACACAUAAUCCGGUAUUUAAUGCGUCCGACACUAGAGUUGAGCCGAUAUUACGAUAAUUAUAAGCAAAGGAUUCAAUGGAAACACCCUAUCGUUGGCCUACAUGUGCGACGGACUGACAAACUGCUAGAAGAGGCUAAAUAUCACUCAAUGGAUGAGUACAUCAAAUAUGUGGACCGGUAUUACGAUAGUCUGGACACGACUUCUGGUAAUAAAAGCCACAAAAGACUCGUGUAUUUGGCGACCGAUGAGCCAAAUGUAUGGCUCAAAGAAUUGAGUCCUUAUAUUGAGAGACGGAUUGAGUUCAUCGGAGAUCAACACAUAUCUCGUGAAGCAUUUGCUCAAAUGUCUGUCGAUUGGGGUUUGAGUUAA